AUGUUCGGAGAGUCCGAAUCUGAGAGUCCUCGCGUACCCAGCCCUUGGGACUCCCUCAUAUCUACCCCACCCUCUCCGAAACCUUUCAACGGAAGGGCACAUACGCCCAGCCCACUCGCGGUCGAACUCAUCCCCAGGCUCGUCCCGGAGUCGGACGACGGCAAUGUGGAAUACAAACUGCAGCUUCUCAACCCCUCGCCAGCCCGGUUUGCACGCCUUGUCACGCAGAUGAAGUGGCGGCUGCUCGAAGGCGGUGGCCAAGCGUAUUACGAGCUCGGGGUGGCAGACUCUGGCGAUCUCAUUGGGCUGCCUCGGGAGGAGCUUGAGCAGAGUCUAGAGACGCUCGAGAUGAUGGCGGGCGAGAUUGGUGCCAGCGUCAUCGUGGUGAAAGAAAUCGAGGUCCCGGCGGUUCUAGCCACUCUGGCCAAGAGGAGCGGGGACCGAAGGAGGAGAGACGGAACGCCAUCCUCGUUAGAAGGUAGUGGGUAUUCGACGACGGAGACGACAGAGACGGAAGCCGAGUCGACCGACGCCGAUGAAGACAUGUCUUUGACAAUUGUCCUCGAGAAAGACGCUCAAGGCGACUCUUCGGCGAUAUUCGCUAUGGACCCGGAUGAGGAGAAACUCAUCACUCCGCAGACUCGUUUCUCGAUCGACCUCGAAAUUUCGUCUGUGUUCAAACCUCGUCCAAUGAAGGCGCGCAUGCACAAUCACCCACACCCCGCACAUACAGCGGGCGGCAAGAACAAAAGGGCGAAGAAGCACAAACACUUGGCUAUGCUCGUCCACAAUGUCGACCCUGAAGAAAAAAAUCAGCAACGAAGACAGAACCGAGACAAGCGGAGGGAGGAGAAGAGGAAGGCCCUCGAAGCCCGAGCAGAAACAAUCCCUCGAGCAGAGGACACAGCGGUCAAUGUCGAUGCACUUGUCAACGGGCUCGAGUCGCUCCAUGUCGGUCUCGUGGAAGAGCCAACCCAGAUUGUCGAUGCGCUGCCAACUAUCGACGCAGCAUCCGCGGAGGACUUCGACGACGAUGACGAUGUAUUUGCUUCUCCGAAAACAGCCGUGCCCUCAUUUCCCACUUUCUCCGCUUCGACAACUGGGGAAUCGCACUUGGACGUGGAUGCUACCGUCAUCGGCAUCGUGGGCGCCAUGAGUGCGAACGGUGAAGUCGAACAGCAGCCGAGGCUCAUCGUGGAAGCGCUCGUUGUGCGCAAGAUGUCGCUUGAAGAAGCUUUCUUGGAUUUUGGAGGCUUUUCGUUGACCUGA